UGGCGUCGCGCAGCGAUGACGCGCCGGGGUGGGCGACGACGCGCCGCGCUGGGAGUCGGGGCCGGACAUGGCGGCGGGGCCCGGCCCGCGGGAAGAUGAAUAAGGGCUGGCUGGAGCUGGAGAGCGAUCCCGGUCUCUUCACACUCCUGGUUGAAGAUUUUGGGGUCAAGGGAGUGCAGGUUGAAGAGAUUUAUGAUCUGCAGAGCAAAUGCCAAGGCCCUGUCUAUGGGUUCAUCUUCCUGUUCAAGUGGAUUGAGGAGCGCAGGUCACGCCGGAAGGUCUCUACCCUGGUGGAUGAGACAUCGGUGAUCGACGAUGACAUCGUCAAUAACAUGUUCUUUGCUCACCAGCUGAUCCCCAAUUCCUGUGCCACCCAUGCCCUGCUGAGCGUCCUCCUGAACUGCAACAAUGUCGACCUGGGCCCCACGCUGAGCCGCAUGAAGGAUUUCACCAAAGGAUUUAGCCCUGAGAGCAAAGGCUAUGCCAUCGGCAAUGCCCCAGAGCUGGCCAAGGCCCACAACAGCCAUGCCAGGCCGGAGCCACGGCACCUGCCAGAGAAGCAGAAUGGAAUCAGUGCUGUGCGAACCAUGGAGGCUUUUCACUUUGUUAGUUAUGUCCCCAUCAAGGGACGGCUGUUUGAGCUGGAUGGGCUGAAGGUCUAUCCCAUUGACCAUGGGCCGUGGGCUGAUGAUGAGGAAUGGACAGACAAAGCCAGGAGAGUAAUCAUGGAACGCAUCGGCCUGGCCACUGCAGGGGAGCCCUACCAUGACAUCCGCUUCAACCUGAUGGCCGUGGUGCCUGAUCGGAGGAUGAAGUACGAGUCCAAACUCCACAUCCUGAAGAUGAACCGCCAGACUGUGCUGGAGGCCUUGCAGCAGCUUAUCCGAGUAACUCAGCCUGAGCUGAUCCAGACCCAGAAAUCUCAGGACUCCCAGCCUCCUGAAGAGGUGAAGCCAGCCAGCAGCAAGACUGUGACCCUAGAGAGCACCCAUACAGAUGGCACCGAUGAGCCUGCCACCCAGGGCCACCUUGCGGCCAUGCAGAGCCCACCCACCAAAUCCAAACCAGUGGCAAAGGCAUCAGCGAGCAGCAUCAAUGGAGCACCUCCAGGAAACCCCAACCCCAUCGUGCAGAGGUUGCCAGCCUUCCUGGACAACCACAACUAUGCCAAGUCCCCCAUGCAGGAGGAGGAGGACCUUGCAGCAGGAGUGGGUCGCAGCCGGGUCCCAGUCCGACAGCACCAGCAGUACUCUGACGAUGAGGAUGACUACGAUGAUGAUGAGGAGGAGGAAGUUCGUAACACCAACUCGGCCAUCAGGUACAAAAGGAAAGGGCAGGUGAAGCAGGAGCACAUGGCAGGGGCUGUGGAUGGCCAGCUCUCCGUCCUCCAGCCCAACACCAUCAACGUCCUGGCUGAGAAGCUGAAGGAGUCUCAGAAGGAUCUUUCCAUUCCCCUGUCCAUCAAGACCACCAGCGGGGGUACUGCUGUGGCAGUGGUCACCCACUCCCAGCCCUCUCCUACCCCCAGCAACGAGAGCACAGACACGGCCUCCGAGAUCGGCAGCGCCUUCAACUCCCCGCUGCGCUCCCCCAUCCGCUCGGCCAACCCCACGCGCCCCUCCAGCCCCGUCACCUCCCACAUCUCCAAGGUGCUCUUUGGCGAGGAGGAUGGGCUGCUGCGGGUGGACUGCAUGCGCUACAACCGCGCCGUCAGAGACCUGGGGCCUGUCAUCAGCACUGGGCUGCUGCACCUCACAGAGGACGGCGUGUUCUGCCCGCUGGCUGUCGCAGACGGGGGGAAAAGCUCCCCACCUUCCAUCAAACCUGGUGAUGAGGCCCCGAUCGCAAUCAAACUGGACGAGAAGGAGGGCAGUGAGGCCAGUGACAGCAAAGAGAAGGUGGGACUUGGCAGGACCAGUGAUCACCCUGGGGGGGAAAAGUAUUCUCCCAAGGAGCUGCUGGCACUGCUCAAGUGUGUGGAGGCAGAGAUUGCAAACUAUGAGGCCUGCCUGAAGGAAGAGGUGGAGAAGAGGAAGAAGUUCAAGAUUGAUGACCAGAGGAGAACCCACAACUAUGAUGAGUUCAUCUGUACCUUCAUCUCCAUGCUGGCCCAGGAAGGUAUGCUGGCAAGCCUGGUGGAGCAGAACAUCUCCGUGCGCCGGCGGCAGGGGGUCAGCAUUGGCCGCCUGCACAAGCAGAGGAAGCCGGACCGACGGAAACGCUCUCGCCCCUAUAAAGCCAAGCGCCAGUAGCUGGGGAGCCAGGACUGGGAGCAGCAGCAGCUGGGCUGCUGGCUUUGGGCAGUGGCACUUGGAUCGACAUUCCCUCUGCCCAAGGAAUGGGACCACAGCGACAACGAGCCCUCGGCCGAGGUGGAGCCUGGGGCCAGGGAGAAACCGGCUUUUCCUCUGAGCCCAAGUUGUGAAGGGCAGGAACACACAGUCCUGAGGGGAGGCCCUGCAGCCACCAGCCAGCCAGAGCACACAGCUCCCUGACCGUGCCACGGCAGCACCCACACGCCCUGGGCCUGUGUCUCGGCGCCG